CAGAUUUUAUGUGUUUCAAAACAAAUAUUAUUUACUUACAUACAUAUGUAUUUUUGAAUCGUUUAUAAACCCGGACACGUGAAUGCUGCGAUGCAGCAAUUAUUCUUACUCAAGAGGUUUCUUUGUGGCUUCCUAAUUGUACUGCAAUGCAAUCUUCUUCGCGCCUCUGACCCACAGAGUGAAGAGACAAUUGAGAACGGUGCAAAAGAGACUGUCGACUGGACUGGUUUACUCAGCGAUCUGCGCGACAGCUGGCAAUCACCGCUUUACUACCUGGAAAAACGUGGUUAUUUGCCGCCAGUCAAUGAAAAUCUAUUGGAACAGAAGGUGAAUGAAUUACGUGCAAUGAAAGUCGAUGAACAAAGUGUUGCCGAUAGCGGUGAAAAGUUAGACGAGAGUGUAGAAGAUUUACCAAAUGCUGUCGACGAAGUGUCCGCUGAGCUCAAAACUAAUGACAAUAAGCAAACGAAUGCUCUCAGCAGCUCAGCUGUUACGGGUGGGCUCAAUACCGCUGAGGUUGCCAAUGAAAACCCGGCCAUUAUUACAAUUGCAAGUCAGCAACAACCACAGGCUGGUGUAGAAGAGGCACUGCUCAAAGAGCUGUUAAUCGAUGCGCAGCCUGAGGCCGAAGCAAACGUCGCUUCGGCUGCCGGCACCGAUACCGAAACCGAUCCUGAUACUGAGGAAGAUUUCAGUAGUGUCAAGAAUAAUGUGGCGAAUGUGUGUCGCAAAAAAAUUGUAUCCCCAUCUGGCUCAAAAUCUAAAUUGAUCUUGAAAUGUAGACCUAAGUCGAAAUCUAAAACACACACUAAACUAAAGUCGAAACCUGGUUUCUUUGAACGACUUAAAGAUAAAAUUUCCUCUAUUUUUAAAAAACCCACAACUGAAAUGGAGAGGAAAGAUCCACAAAUCAAAUCAAAGCCUGCGCUUUCACCAGAUUACGCCAACUACUAUGUGAAGUACUUGGCGCAUAGAGAUAUGAAUGCAGACACUAAUAAUUUGAACGUUAAGGAUCUAGAUAAUGAAUAUGCAAGGAUAAAGAGUAACGGUAAUAUUGAGCGCGGCGAUAGAGGUCUGCAUAGGCAGGAGUAUAGUGAUAAGCAGGGGUACGUCACUAAGGUUUCCACUUCAAGUGAACUAAUCGAUAAAGCGGACACAUUGCAAUCACUCACGGACAAUGAAUUUAGUGCUACAAACCUCGAUAGUGCAGCAGCAGCCGUGGAAAGAAAGGAUAUAAUUUUAAAUGAAUUUCCAUUUAGAGAUUUCAAUUUUGCUGAUGUAAGUGCGAAAAAAAUAAGCACAAAAGAAGUGAAACAGAGUAAUAAACCGAUUGAGAAAUUGACAGAUUUAGAAACUUUUAAUUCCAAAGACGAAGAAUUGAAUAAGAUCGUGCACAGUUUAGCAGAACAGCAGUCUGGUGAAAAGGACGCCUGGAACAAAGUUAACAUGAACUCGGAAACAAAGGAUGAUUUUGAGUUCAAAGACUCAACAAUACCAAAAGAUGUGGGCAAUGAACUACAAGACAAUACGAAGCUAUUUCAAAAAGAACACAAAGACUUUGGUGCGCAAGAUUUUGAACCCUCAAUUGAUAUGGAAAGCAUAGCUGCUGCGCCUAAGCAUACGGAAGGCGAGAAAGUCGCUUCCAAACAUAAUGAAUUUGAGUACGAUUUUUCCAUGCCGAGCUGCGCUACAAAGAACGUGGGUCCACACACAAACGCCGAUACAAUAAAUAAGGCAACUCUUGGUAGUAUAAACGACGGCGAUCUUUCAAUACCUGCACUAGAUUUCAAACCCUGUUCAUCUCAUGCAAAAGUCGGUGCAGUGAAAGAUGUUCCAGGCGUCAGAGAUUAUGGCAAUUUGGGUAUGUCUCAAUUGAAAAUGCGUAUACUCGAGUCUAAUGUUGAAGACUUCUUGCCUUUUAAUGGGGAGUAUGAAGAAGAUUCAAAUGAAUUGUCAGCCAUUAGAUACGACACACCAUAUCGUACCGAUUUUGAUAUAAAAAGUAACGAUGAUCACUCGAAAUCGUACGCUACACGUGAAUUAGUCGAAAAGCCAAGCGUAAAUAAGCCAAACUCGGCCGUAGACUUGUCCAAUCAGCUGGCUGUUGAACAAACAAACUUUAAUGGCUUUCAAAUUGGCGAUCCUCUGACGAUAAUGGAUGAAACUAAUCUGGAUUUAGAUCGGCAAUUUACGCGGCAAGUAUUGGAAAAAGUUAUGCGAAGUACGGCUAAGAAACGUGAGCAUGACUACGGAUAGUGACUUGUUGCAUAUGUAUAUUUGUGUAGGAAUAGAUAAAAACAGUUUGCUAUUUAAAUACUAAUGUUCACUAUUAACAAUUUAUUUAAAUAAACAGUUUU